AUGGAUCUAAGCAGUUUACUGAAGGUUGAAAUAGCAAGGAAGAAAGCAGAACUUCGAAAACCCGAGGUUGAAGCGCCAGAAUCGCGCAAAGAUAGCACGACAGUUGAAGUCGUACAGCCUGCGGACGAGCUCCAAAAGGGUCCAGGAGAUUCGCUGGUAGCGGUGGCAAAAGAGGAUGUUGCCGAACGAAAUGCGACUGUGCAUGAGACGGGGUCUUCCCGGAACGAGAUGGACGUGGAACGGCUGCGAACGCGGCCGGAACGCGUCGCGCGUGCUCGUGAACACGACGAGCACGCAGACACAGCGAUCGUGGCCGCCACGAUUGGCGACCCCGAGCACGCAGCAGAUCUCGCGUUGCAGUGCAAUUUGUACGUGCACCAGCUGCUAGGCGAGUGGCAGGAUUUGGGCUACAAACCGGAACUCGUGGUCGAGACCAAGAAAGCACUGUUCCCGCUGCUGGUGCAGCUGCGCAAACAACAGCUGCCAGCAGAAUUUGUCACGUCAGUGGCGACGAUCUUGUACCAUGUCCAGCACGCGCAGUUUGCACAGGCCACGCAAUCGUACCUGAAGCUCAGCAUCGGCAACGUAGCUUGGCCUAUUGGUGUCACGAGCGUGGGCAUCCACGCUCGAAGUGCACAGGAGCGCAUCCAGGGCCGCGACAAGAUCGCCAAUGUGAUGCUGGACGAGCCGACCCGGCUGUGGAUCACCAGCGUCAAGCGACUGGUGUCAUUCGCGGCCGCGGCCGCGAAUAUGCGUCGUAAGAAGUCACAGCUCCAGGACGAGUGA